AUGGGGCCGCUCAUGUGCCGCGGAGGCUGUCGAGUGCUGGAAGGAGUUGGAUGGGGCCGCUCAUGUGCCGCGGAGGCUGUCGAGUACUGGAUGUUCGAUGCGGGCGGUCUCGAUGUGGGUGGUUUCGGUGCGGGGGGAGGACCUGCUUCGUUGCGAGGGGGGAUCGUGCAUGAGAAUCAAGGUGCUGGGAAAAUGGGCGGGUGGUUUUGGUUGGGUGGUUGCUUCUAUCCGGCGCGUAAGGGGGUAAGCAUCGAGGUGUUGCUUGUGUUAAAAGCAGAGGAAGUGAAAUAUUUCAGAUAA